AUGUCUGCUGCACUAUCUUACCGGAUUUACAAGAAUGCUCUUCUCCUGACUGCCUUCUUGACUGCCGCUCGGGCACAGCAAGUUGGCACUUCACAAGCCGAGGUUCAUCCAUCCUUGACCUGGUCGAAAUGUGUGAGCGGCGGAACCUGCACCUCGCAGACCGGCUCAGUUGUCAUCGAUGCCAACUGGCGCUGGGUCCACGACGUUGGUGGCUAUACCAACUGCUACACUGGCAAUGAAUGGGACGCAACAUACUGCCCCGACGAUGUUACUUGCGCGACCAACUGUGCCUUGGAAGGCGCCACAUACGAAGCUACCUACGGAGUCACCACGAGCGGUGACUCGCUCCGUCUGAACUUUGUUACCGACUCCACGCAGGCGAACAUCGGAUCGCGUCUGUACCUGAUGGAAGAUUCCACUACCUAUCAGAUGUUUGAUCUGUUGAACCAAGAGUUCACUUUCGAUGUCGAUGUCUCCAACCUUCCAUGUGGAUUGAACGGUGCCCUCUACUUCGUUGCCAUGGACUCCGAUGGUGGCAUGGCCCGAUUCCCGGCAAACAAGGCUGGAGCUGAGUAUGGAACCGGUUAUUGUGACUCUCAGUGUCCCCGAGACUUGAAGUUCAUUGACGGUGAAGCUAACUGCGAUGGCUGGGUGCCUUCCACCACUGACUCAAACUCUGGAAUUGGUAACCACGGUUCCUGCUGCGCGGAAAUGGAUAUCUGGGAGGCCAACUCCAUCUCCAAUGCGCUCACUCCUCACCCGUGUGAUACGCCCACUCAGACCAUGUGCGUUGAAGAUGCCUGCGGUGGUACUUACAGUACCGAUCGCUACGGCGGCACUUGCGAUCCUGAUGGAUGUGAUUUCAACCCUUACCGCAUGGGUAAUACUACAUUCUUCGGACCUGACAAGAUUGUCGAUACCACCUCCGUCUUCACUGUCGUGACUCAGUUCAUUACCGAUGAUGGCACUGCCACUGGUACCCUGAGUGAGAUCAAGCGCUUCUACGUUCAGGACGGAGUUGUGAUCCCCAACUCCGCCUCUACUAUCAGUGGUGUGACAGGUAACUCUAUUACCACGGAGUUCUGCACUGAGCAGAAGUCCGUCUUCGGAGAUGAGAAUGUUUUUACCACACACGGAGGUCUUGAGGGUGUCAGUGCCGGUCUCGCCGACGGUAUGGUCCUGGUUAUGAGUCUCUGGGAUGACCACUACGCCGAUAUGCUCUGGCUUGACAGCAUUUACCCGACAAACGACACCUCCACCACCCUCGGUGCUGCCCGUGGUACAUGCGACAUCUCAUCUGGAGCACCGGCUACCAUCGAAACUUCUGAUGCAAGCGCCUAUGUUAUCUACUCGAACAUUAAGGUCGGACCCAUCGGCUCCACCUUCUCGUCGGGCACCUCUAGUUCUAGCACUACUUCCAGCUCUAGUACUACCUCGAAGACCACUUCCACAUCUUCCAAGUCCACUACCAGCUCCACCUCGAGCAAGACUACCUCGACCUCGACCACUACUACCACGGCCGCCAGCUCUACCGGUGCUGCUCAUUACGCCCAGUGCGGUGGAACUGGAUGGACCGGUGCCACUACCUGCGUCAGUGGUUAUACCUGCACCUAUGAGAAUGCCUACUACUCCCAGUGCCUUUAG